CCAGCCUCCAGAGCAGCCACCAUGCCAACAAUUCAAAGCUCGUUUCUUCCUGAAUGCCCUGGGCAUGCUAUUUGCUGUGGAAGAAGCAAAUCAAGACCCUGCCUUCCUGCCCAACAUCACUGUGGGAUUCCAGCUCUAUGACUCCUGUGUGUCUGGGCAUCGGGCUCUUGGGAGCACUCUGGGCCUUUUGUCUGGACAGCUCCUCCUGACACCCAACUUUGAUUGCUGUCCCCAGCGCCGACUCCUGGGAAUCAUAGGUGGGAUGACUUCUCCGGAGUCAGAGGCCAUGGCUGAGCUGCUGUCAGUUUACCGAGUCCCUCAGAUAAGUCACGGAUCUCAACAUCCCCAAUUUUCUGACCGCCACCGGUUCCCCUCCAUGCUCCGCACAGUCCCCAGCAGAGCCCACCAACCUCAGGCCAUGGCCAAGAUUCUCUUCUACUUCAACUGGACCUGGGUGGGCCUUGUAGGCUCAGAUAGUGGUGCCUUUGAGUUGUUGGAUCAGGAAUUCCGGAAGGAGGUUGGAAAGAAUGCAGGCUGUGUGAGCUUCUCGAAGAGGAUUGAUGGCCAUGUCAACAAUGUGGGCGAUGUGGCUGAUGCCAUCCAAGAUUCUACUGCUAAGGUGAUCAUCUGUGACUGCUACCACAUUCACUUCAAUCUCCUUGCCAAGGCCCUUCAAAAGAAGAAUGUGACCAGCAGGAUCUGGCUCAUGUCCACUUCUUUUUCACCAGUUGCCUCAGUGUUGGGCAGGGAAGCCAGAGAGAUGCUAAAUGGGGGCCUGUCUCUGGGGAUACACUCAGGACAAGUGCCUGGCCUCAAGCAGUUCUUGUCAACUCUGCACCCAGCCAUGUUCCCAGACAACCACCUGAUAAAAUUGUUCUGGCAGGAGUUGUUGGGCUGCACCUGGCCUGGGCUAAAGCCUGUUGGCCCUCGAGUAGGACAUGUUCCCCCUAACUGCACAGGGCUGGAGCAGCUGACACCGACCCAUCUGUCUGUACUGAACCUGGGUGUCUUGACUGCUACAUACCAGGCUUACCUGGCAACCAAAGCCUUCCUGGUAGCCUAUCAGAACCUGAAGGCCUGCUCCCCUGGGGAGGAACAAUUUACUGGUAGCAAUUGUGUCAGGACAGGAGAUUCCAGGCCAUGGCAGCUUUUACAGUAUCUAAGGGCUGUUCACUUCACUACUGGAGCCCAGGAAGAGAUCUUCUUUACCUGGGAUGGGGAGCUCCCAGCAAUUUUUGAUGUUACAAGCAUACACCUUGCUCCUGCCCACACUUUGCAGACUACCAAGGUUGGACACUUAGAUUUCAGGCAACCUCCUGGGAAAGAACUGGUGAUAAACAGCAGUGCCAUCAUUUGGGCUGAAGGGCCUGGGAAGACACCUCUUUCAGUCUGCAGUAAAACAUGUCCUUUGGGAACCUGGAAGUCUGCCAUCCAGGGGCAACCAAGCUGCUGCUAUCAGUGUCUUCACUGCCCAAAAGGAGAAGUAGCCUAUGUACUAGACAGUGCCAGUUGCCUGAAGUGCCCAGAGGACCAAUGGCCAAACAAUGAGAAGAAUCAGUGCAUCCCCAAGAUUCUUGACUUCCUCUCCUACAAGGAGCCCCUGGGCAUGGCCUUAACCACCUGUACAACCUUUCUCUUCCUUCUCACCUUGACCAUCCUUGGCAUCUUCAUAUGGCAUCACCACACUCCCAUAGUCAGAGCCAACAACCACAGGCUAAGUUACCUCCUUCUCUGCUCCUUGGCACUAUGUUUCCUCUGCCCAUUCAUGUUCAUUGGUUUCCCGAUACCUCUGACCUGUGCCCUGCGCCAGGCAGCCUUUGGGAUUAUCUUCACAGUCUGCGUGUCCACCACUCUGGCCAAAACCAUCAUCGUUGUGUCUGCCUUCAGGGCCACCAGACCAGAUGCUAGAUUCAGGAAGUGGGCAGGAUCAAGUCUCCCCAAUGCCAUCCUCAUUGGCUUCUCAUUGGUCCAGAUUGUUCUGUGUAUGUUCUGGGUCAUAGGCUGGCCUCCAGUGCCCAUGAAGUCUACAGAGGCAGGGCCCAAAGUCACCAUGCUGUGUGGUGCAGGCUCUUCGGAGCUCUUCUAUGCUAUGCUAAGCUACUUGGGCUUCCUAGCUCUGGUCAGUCUGGUGGUGGCCUUCCUAUCCCGCCGACUGCCUGACACCUUCAAUGAAGCCAAGUACAUCACUCUGAGUAUGGUGGUCUUCUCCUGUGUUUGGAUCUCCUUCAUCCCAGCCCACCUGAGUGCUCAGGGCAAGGACAUUGUAGCUGUGGAGAUCUUUGCCAUUUUAGCAUCUGGGGCAGGCCUGAUGGGCUGUUUAUUCUUCCCUAAGUGCUAUAUCAUCCUGCUCCAGCCUGACAAGAAUACAAGGGAUCAGAUGAUGGGCAAGCAUCAUUUCAAGAAAUGAAACC